UAUGGAUGCAAAUGCAUGGAGUCUAGUUGAAGGAGAUGAAAAUGAGGCCGAAUCAGCCGAAGAGGAAAAACGAGUGGAAAAAGCAUUGAUAGCUGCGUUUGAGGCUGAACAACGUAAAAGCGUCUCAGUAGCUGCAGCUGUAGCUGCAAGUCGUUCUACUUCUUGUGAGGGAUAUUUUGAUGACACUCAUUCAGCUCCUUGUGAGCGCGAUGAGGCUUCAUCAUUGGAGCUUGGAAUGCGUCAACGGAACAAAGAACAGCUUAAUCGUGCAUUUAGAAGCAGGUCUCCAGCAGUCGAUUCACUAGUUCGAUUCGGCCAUAUGUUGAUGGAUCGUGUGAAACGUCGUAAAAGUCACCACCAUAUUUUCCCACAACUUUCUAAAGCCGAUGAACUAGAAUCUAUUCCUCUGGAAUUAGUAUGCAAGAAACCUUCACAAUUCUACAAAGAAGAACCAGCUUCAAACCUAAAUGGUGCUGAAAUAAAAGAGAUGCCACAAGGGAGAGUAAUCAGCGAAAAUUUGCUAGAUAGAGGUGGCUUUGGAAGGUCUAUCAAAGAACGAUGUGCGCAUCUCUUCCGACCUGUUGAAUCUCACUUGGAAGACGCCCUUUCUGGUGCAGAUGUACCGUUGCGCGUGCAUGUUUAUGAUCCUUAUUGUCCUGUUCACGGAUCACGACGACGACUACGUCACGGAGUUGGAAAAACUGCAGCUGGCCAACGUCUCGUUGAUAUUCAUACAAUCUUUGCAUCUGUAGAAACAGGAGAAGGUGACGAGGACGAACAUAAUCAAAUAAGUCAGUAUUUGCAAAGCCAGGCAAUUUUGGCAAAGAAAUUUCGAAAAGAGCGCCGUGCAUUGAAGAAAUUGCUGGAAGGUCCUAAAUUGAAGGAGAUGAAAUUACACAUUCUCACUGAUCUGUGUAUAAUUUCACUUGCAUUUCUCUUUUUAUUCACUGGAUUUAACGGUUUACAAACGCUACAAACCUCCAUAAACGGCUCCUUGGGUGCAGACGCGUUGUGUGUUCUCUACGCGAGUCUUGCUAUAUCCUCACUUUUUGCACCAUCAUAUUCGGUCAUUGCUAUCGGCCUUCAUUCACUCUACUUUUGUGCUAAUUUCAUUCCAAAGUUGAUAAAAUAUAUUUUGAUCGUAAAGAGAACAUUAUUUUUUAGAUACUAUUCUUUGAUUCCUGCCUCAAUUAUUGUCGGGAUAGCCUCCAGUUGUUUGUGGGCAGCCAAAUGCGCGUACAUAACAGAAAGUGCGCUCAAAUAUGCAAAAUUGAAUGUAGAGUCAUCAAGCACAGUCAUACCUAGAUUCUUCGGGUUUUUCUUUAUGUUCUACCACGUCGGACAAGUGCUUGGUAAUUUGCUUUCCUCUUUGAUUUUGGGUGGUGGAGCGUUAUGGCAACUUGUACCAGAUGACCAUGUUGAUUAUACAUGCGGCCACAAUUUUGCUCUGUUGAAUUUAUCGUCAAGAGCUCAGCAAAAUUUAAGCGCACCAUCGAGAUUAGCAUUUAUUUCUGUUGUUGGAGUCUAUCUUCUGUGUGCAUUGCUUGCUUUGAUUACAGUUAAAUGGUUUCUAAAUCCACUACAAAAGCAAACAACACUUACAAAUAUAACAGUAAAGAAUGCCAACACCCAGCCACAAUCUACAGAUGUAAAUACGAUCAACCAAGUUAAUACUACCAAAAGUUGCGCGGAAGAACACCUGUUGCAGAAUAAUAAUACUAACAAUACAACUUCCGCCAACAAAAAGGAUGAAAUUAAUCAAAACGAUUUCUCUGUGGAUGUUUUUCGCCUAAGUUUGCGUAAUUGGAGUCGACCAAAGCCUUUACUUCUUAUUCCUCUUACUAUCUUCAAUGGAAUUGAGCAGGCUUUUGUUGGACUCUAUACAAAAGCAUUUGCGGGAUGUGCUCUUGGAAUAAAUGAAAUUGGAUUUGUGAUGGUAUGGUUUGGCUUAAUUGCAGCUUGCAGCAGUCUUGUUUUUGGCCCGUUAAUAAAACUUUUUGGACGGAUGCCGCUUUUAAUGUUUGGAGCGGUCAUUAAUUUGUUAAUGUUAUUUGUUCUUAUGAUUUGGGCGGUUAAUCCUGGCGAUCGAGGUUUUUGUCUUAAUUUUUUAUUCUUCAUUUUAUAUGUAGUUCUUUUCAAUGCAGUUGCGGGUGUGUGGGGAAUGGCUGAUGGUGUCUGGAACACUCAGCUAAACGGUUUUUGGCUAGCAAUUCUAGGACCUGGCCGCGAUCAACUUGAAAUUGCUUUUGCCAAUUAUCGCUUUUGGGUAUCGUUUGGACUUGCUCUUGGAUUUUUGCUGAUUCGUCUGACAACCAUUGAUAAUUUCCUGCUUAUUGCUUUCUUUUUCUUGUUUGUUGGUAUUCUUGGUUAUUUUUUGGUAGAGCUUUUUGAUAUAAUUAUGGUAGAUAAGAUUUAUGUUAAAAUUAUGUAUUUGUUUUAUUUUACAGGUUCGUCUGAGGACGGUCAAGUAGUUUUUUUAAUCGGAAAAUUCGGAUGA